AUGAGCCAACACAGCGACCAAGACCCCUCGCCCAGCGAAGCUGGCAGGGACGAGGAGGAUCCUCUGUCCACUGAUGGACCUCAAACCCCCCAACCCCCCGUCAACCAUUCUCCCACGCUACUAUUUGGGGAUCUUGUCAAGCACCUCUUUGAACGAUUGAAACAGGGGCCCCCUCCCAGAAUAGCCCUCAUCCGCAACCCGAAAUCGCAGAGAGACCACAGAGAUAAGGUCCUUGAGAAUUUCUUUUCACUUUGGCGCGAAGAGGUCGGCAACGAUGUCUACCCGGUCAUGCGCCUCAUCUUGCCGCAUGUUGACAAGGAGCGCCCCAUGUACGGGCUCAAGGAGCAAAACAUUGCAAAGAUAGUCCCAAAGCUGCUUCGGAUUGCGGACGAUUCUCCAGACGCCAGAGGCCUUUCGGCCUGGAAGAACCCGGGCAAUACCGCUGCGAGCCGAAUGGCAGGCGACUUCGCAGGACGCUGCUUCGAGGUCCUCGAAAAGCGGUCGGAAUGGAGAGGGUACGGAGACAUGCGCAUAGCAGAAGUGAAUGAGCUUCUUGACAGGCUGGCUGCCGCCAGUGGUCAAGCCCAGCAGAUGCCAAUCUUCGACGAGUUCUACCAGCGCAUGUGCCCUGAGGAGCUUCAGUGGCUGAUACGCAUCAUUCUAAGGCAAAUGAGGAUUGGCGCCACUGAGAAAUCCGUCUUGAAAGCAUGGAACCCGGAUGCUUUCGAGUUGUUCAACAUCCAUUCCAGUCUGCGGCACACGUGUUGGCACCUCUGGGAUCCGGAAACUCGUCUCGAUGAAGACGAUCAAAAGCUGCAAAUCAUGCACAACUUCCUGCCGCAGCUGGCACCGACCGCCAGCAACGCCAACACAUGGGACAAGGUCGUUCAGCAACUCGGAAUCUCAGAGGAAAAGCCAGAAUUCUACAUGGAGGAGAAGCUCGACGGCGAGCGUAUGCAAAUGCAUAUGCAGGUGAAGAAUGGUGGCGGAUACGAAUUCAAGUUCUGGUCUCGCAAGGGCAAGGACUAUACGUAUCUAUACGGAAGCUCUCUCGAUGAUAACAACUCCGCACUUACUCGACACCUGGGAGGUGCUUUUGACAAUCGGCUAACGAACUGCAUCUUGGAUGGCGAGAUGAUCGGAUUCGACCCCAAGAAGGGCCAGAUGGUGACAUUUGGGACUCUGAAGACUGCCGCCAUUUACGCCCAAGACAAUCCAUACGAUGACGAAAGCCCGAGACCUCUAUUUCGGGUCUUCGAUCUCGUGUACUUGAACCACAGAGACUUUAGAAGACAACCACUUUGGAAUCGCCGCAGGUCUCUGGAAUUGAUCAUCACAGAUGUCCCUGGGAGACUUGAAAUCCACCCCUACCAAAUUUGCACUUCUCCAUCAGAGAUCGAACCCUACCUCCGCAAAAUCAUCCAGGACUCUUCCGAGGGUAUUAUGCUGAAGAACCCAUCGUCGGGAUAUGUUCUGAACGAUCGGCCCUGGGUUUGGAUCAAGGUCAAGCCCGACUACAUGAAAGAGUUCGGUGAGAGCCUGGAUUGUGUUAUCAUAGGCGGAUACUAUGGCACAGGAAGACGUGGUGGGACACUGUCGAGUUUCCUUUGCGGGCUAAGGGCAAGCAGGCAAGACAUCAAGAACGGAACCGCUCACCCAGAAAAGUUCUUCAGCUUCUUCAAGGUUGGAGGUGGUAUCAAACAAGAGGAUUAUUAUGAGAUCCAAGGUCUCCUUCCAGAAGAAAAGUGGCACGACUGGAACCCAAAGAGCGCACGACAAUUCAUUGAGUUGGCUGGUGGAGAGAGAUACUUGGAAAGGCCAGAUCGGUGGAUCCGACCAAGCGAAUCCAUCGUGAUUGAGGUCAAAGCCGCCAGCAUCGAGGACUCUACCUCUUUUAGCGCCCGAAAAACACUGCGUUUCCCCCGGUUUCGCAGCAUACGUGCUGACAAAAACUGGACUGACGCUCUAGAUAUUGACGAAUGGAACGAACUUCGUUACCAAGUCAAAGAAGAGGAAAUCCAAAAACAGAUGCAGUUGGAGACUAACAAGAAGAGGGCCGCCAAGAGGCAAAAGCGCGACCUAGCACUUGCCAACAACAACGAUGCCAUGACGACCGAGAAGUCCAAGCUCUUCGAGGGCAAGUUCUUCUACAUACCUACCAGGUCCGAGAGCUGUAAUAUGGAGGUAGAUCAGCUCGAAGUGCUGGUGAGAGAGAACGGUGGCUCCAUCGUCCACGAUGCAGCCAGGGUGGCCGAGGGCAAUGCGAUUGCACUUGCAGACAGAGACCCCCGCCUCGUCAGGUCUAUGUUGAAGUUGGAAGGGGUAGACUUCGUCAUCAGCCCCAAGUGGGUGGUCGACUGCAUCAAACAGCAGUGCCUACUCCCCUACGAGGACGAGCACCUGUAUCGCGCCCCGGACGACAUGCGCGCCCUCGCCGCGGAGAACACGGACCAGUUCGGCGACAGCUACUGCCGGGACCUGGACGCCGACGAGAUGGAGAAGCUCUUCGCCCUCAUGAGGGAGAACCGCAAGGCAGACGGCAUCCCAGACUUCGACAAGAACGCCUUCUACGACCAGCUCGAGGCCCGUGGACACGAGCUGCCACGGUCCAGGGGCUACGUGUUCCGGCGCUGCCGUGUCUACCUCGCGCAGGUGGAGGGCCAGGAGAACCGGCUGACGACGGCUCGCCUCGAGGCCUGGGUCCGUUUCGGGUGUGGCGAGGUUGCGGACGACCUUGAUGAUGGCAUUGUCACGCACGUCGUUGUUGUCAGCCUAGAAGAUGAGACGGGCGCGAAGAAGGUUGCUGAUGAGAUCAGGGCGCGGGUCAGCAAGAGAGAGAGCCUCAAGCGCCCCUAUGUGGUGACGGAGAAGUGGAUGGAGAAGUGCUGGGAGGAGGAGACACUUGUGGCGGAGGAGCCGUACUUCGUCUGA